UCAUAUUUGUUUUUUUCAUUAGAAAAAUGGCGUCAAAAUCCGAGGAAGUUUUGUGCAACAAGUUUGACUCUUGUCUCGCUGAUGCCACUGUCAAAGUUGGUGCAGGGCUCACCAUUGGAGCUGUUUCUUCCCUUCUACUCUUUAAAAGGAAGAUGUGGCCUAUCACUUUUGGCAUUGGUUCUGGGUUCGGAAUGAGCUACUCUGACUGUGAACAUGAACUGAACAACUCCAACUAUAUUCACAUCAGUAAACUCAAGAAAGCUGAAUAGAUAGAUUCAACAAUACUUUAGUCGUGUAGUUUUAUUCAUUAUUCUAUUUCA